GUGUCAAUCUUAAGCGAUAUACACACGAACCUGGUGCAAUAUGACCGAGAGAACACGUACCGUAAUCCCAUUUCGUAUACGGCUGCAAAGAUGAUUCUCUGGACAAUAUGCACCUUGAUGGUUUAUGGUAUAAACGCGUUCAUUCCUAAUGCUUUUACACCAUACAUUACCGACAAAGACUAUACACACCAAGACAUAACUGAACAGGGUAUCUUGCUGGCGGUUGCGGAGUAUUUUGAAACCAAAGCCGCCCCUGGACAAUCCGCUCCUCCACAAGCUGGAUCGCUGACAGGGAUAGUUAAUAUCACGGCUCGAAAAUUGUUUGAUGCUUAUUAUGGAUCUUACGUACCAGAGAAGAAGUUUCAGUCCGCUAUGGACGAUAUUGUUAAUUACAACUCCAAAGUGGACCGUGAACAUUCCAGUGAAGCUGCCUGGCAUUUCAACGGUGAACGGAUCAGUCAAGGCAAUGACAUUUUACUGAGUGUACGAUCAUCAGCAUUUGACGCAUUGAAUGUAUCGCAGCCUAAUUAUGCCACUGCACGUAACAUGAUUGGACAAUACUUACAUGUACUUCAGGAUUUCUAUAGCAACACGAACUGGAACAAGAUCAACGCUACACACCAUUACACUGAUCUGGGUGUUCCCGGAAAGUCAUUACUUCCGGUAGCAGCUUCAAGUGAAGAUACCUGUAAAAACUGUGGAGUUAACCUCCCUUGUCUGUUUGACCCUCCGUUGCUGACCAACAACAACAAAUUGACAAGUGGAUACCGGAGCGGACAGGAUAUUGUCAAACCAUUCAAACCGACAACUGAUCAGCAAGGGAAGUGCAGUCAUGGCGGAAUAUUCGACACCAGCACCAACACGUCAGCUGCUAGUGGAGGGAUUAACAAAGAAACGACAACUCUGAACUACUCGCCAUUAUUUCACGAACAUGGGGAAGUUUCCAAGCUUGCCAUACGACACACGAAAUAUUUCUUCGCUUCAAAAACUAUUGGGUUGAGAGCUGUAUUUGGGGACAGUAAAUUUGAAGGUUUGUUACAAUUGCACGCCGGGAUAUCGCUCUGCUUCGUCGUUGACACCAGUAAUUCGACUGAAAGAGAUGCCAUCAAGCAAGAAAUUCAGAACUUGAUAUCUUCUGGUAAAAACCCUUACAACUACAUCCUGGUCUACACUAAUUCAGGUCAAACGACACCUACAAUUGUUACUAAAACCAACGGAAAUGACCUAGUUUCUGCCUUCAGUUCCAUCAACAUAGCUGCCAAUCAUCCCUGUUCUUUCUCAACCUCAGGAACAGAAGCAGCUGCAACGGCAGCAGAGUAUGGUUCUAAGAUAUACGUAUUCAGUGAUGCAACACCAAAAAAUGACGUCACGAUACGAUACAUACAGGCUAUGGCAACAGAAAAGGACCUCACCAUAUCAUUUCUUCUGACAGGGCAAUGCAAACAAAAACGUUCUACAAACAAAUGGUAUUUUCUUGUGAAAAACAAGAUAAAAGAACAGAAGCCGUUUGACCUUACUCACCAGUUUCUAGUGGCGAGUGGGAGUAACUGGGUUAAGGCUGUAAAUCCUCAGCGAGGACAGAAAGUUUUAUUGUCCGUCAGACUUAAUGACCCUUCUGCGGUGAUGUCACUGGAUUCCAUCAAAAUUGGCAAUCUGAAACAGCCACUGAGUAAAUUAAGAACGAGUCGAUUUCCUGGAAUUUAUUCUACAUUCAUAUCAGAUUUUUCUGAAGUCAAGGGUGUUGAUGUAUUGGUUGAGGGGACGAAAAAGGACGGACACGUCUUUCAAAAGAAAUCUCAUCAAAUAUAAUUAGUUGUAAAUUGUUAGCAUACGAAAAACAAAUUCAACAUAGAAUGUAGUCAGUGUUUUAAGCAUAUUUUGUAUUUGAAUUCAUUAUUUUAAAUUUUUCAAUGGCUUUUCUUCAUGAUAUUGCACCAAAAGCAGACAUAAUUCCGAUUUACGCAUCUCAUUAAAUACAAACUUUAUGUAAAACAAUAUUGUUUUUCAGUAAUGACAAUAUUAAUUAAAUGUCAGAAUUUUGUCAUCACAGUAUUGUUUUUUCAACAGAUUUUGUGGGAAUAUACCUUUCAGAAAAUGCUUGUCAUAACAUUAUUUAAAGCUCGAUUCAGGUAAUUCGACCAAUCAAUAGACUGAGUUCCUAACUAAAAGUUGAGUGAUUAUUCUGACGUCACCAAGUUGUUUACAAACGUGAUCUUUUUCUUCCGUACUCUUCCCAAGAAAUUUGCAUACAGAUUUUUAUUCAUUAUAAAAGUGUACAUCUGGGCAUUCGCCCACAAUCACAACUGCUAAACACAACUAAUACUCUGAACUAAGCAUAUCUAACUUCUUUUCAAAGGACAAAUUUAAGAUGAACAAAUUUUUGACCUCGUAAACUACUGACAAAAUUUAUACAACAGAAGGUGUCGACAUUUAUCACCACGACUGAUUUGCAUACAACGCACUCUACACGCCUUAAGUCAUUAACGAUUAUAACGCUGUAGCUCAUAAGUAAACCUUCACUCUGCUCCUUGACAGAAGAAUUCUAACUGCCAUUAAAGAAUCAGAUCAGAAACAACAGGAUGCUGUAUUCAAAGUGUAUCGCAGCUAGUAUUUUCAUGUUAUACUUUAUUUUCAACACUGUCGGAUCGGCAACGGUUCCUGUUGGAAACGUGACCAGCAGUCCGGCGGCUAAUACGUCCGAACUGACCGACGCCACAAACGCUUCUAGAGAUCCCGUUCAUAUAGAAACGAAAGAAGGCAAAUUGGACCAAUCCCUGAGUGUGAAGAUUAGCUUUGAGAAUUCCAUUAAUACAAUUGAAGACAAAACUACCCCUAGCCCGAUACCGAAGAUUAGUCUUAAAGUUUUGUGCACCCUUGUCAAAGAUCUAUGCAAUAACCAGCUAUAUUCCAAUUGGAGGAAAUGAAUACUAGAAUAUCUUUGUAUAUUAUUUUCCAUGAUUGUCUCAACUCUUCUGUAUUUAUCAUUAUCGAACCCUAAUUACAUCAUUAAAUACAUUUAUGAAUACAAA